GUUUCACUGGAAGAAAAAAACGCAACUAUUAUUUAUGACUCUAAACUACAGACUCCAAAGACCCUCCAGGAAGCUAUUGAUGACAUGGGCUUUGAUGCUGUUCUCCACAAUCCUAACCCUGUCCCUGUUUUAACUGACACUGUGUUUCUGACUGUUGCUGCUUCACUGGCUCUGCCAUGGGACCAUAUCCAAAGCACAUUGCUCAAGACCAAGGGUGUGACAGACAUUAAAAUUUCCCCUCAGCAAAGAACUGUAGUGGUGACAAUAAUCCCUUCUAUAGUGAAUGCCAAUCAGAUAAUAGAGCUACUUCCAGAUCUCAGUUUAGCUAUUGGAAUUCUGGAGAACAAGUCAGGAACUUGUGAAGAUUACAGUAUGGCUCAAGUAGGUGAAGUCAUGCUGAAGAUGAAAAUAGAAGGAAUGACCUGCCAUUCGUGCACCAGCACCAUUGAAGGAAAAAUUGGGAAGCUUCAAGGUGUUCAGCGAAUUAAAGUCUCCCUGGACAACCAAGAAGCUUCUGUUGUGUAUCAACCUCAUCUUAUCACAGCAGAGGAAAUAAAAAAGCAGAUUGAAGCUGUGGGCUUUCCAGCAUUCAUCAAAAAACAGCCCAAGUACCUCCAAUUGGGAGCUAUUGAUAUAGAACGUCUAAAGAAUACACCAGUCAAAUCCUCAGAAGGAUCACAGCAAAGGAGUCCAUCAUAUAGCAGUGAUUCAACCGUCACUUUCAUUAUAGAUGGCAUGCAUUGUAAAUCAUGUGUGUUAAAUAUUGAAAGUGCUUUAUCUACACUCCAGUAUGUAAGCAGCAUUGUAGUUUCUUUAGAGAAUAGAUCUGCCAUAGUAAAGUACAAUGAGAGCUCAGUCACUCCAGAAACCCUGAGAAAAGCAAUAGAGGCCCUAUCACCAGGGCAAUAUAGAGUUAGUAUUACAAGUGAAAUUGAGAGUACCUCAAACUCUCCCUCCAGUUCAUCUCUUCAAAAGAUUCCUUUGAACACAGUUAGCCAUCCUCUGACUCAAGAAACUGUGAUAAACAUUGGUGGUAUGACUUGUAAUUCUUGUGUGCAGUCUAUUGAGGGUGUCAUAUCAAAAAAGACAGGUGUAAAAUCCAUACAAGUAUCUCUUGCAAAUGGCAAUGGAACUGUUGAGUAUGAUCCUCUACUGACUUCUCCAGAAACCCUGAGAGAAGCAAUAGAAGACAUGGGAUUUGAUGCUGCCUUGUCAG